AUGGAUUCUCCGAAACUAAAACCCAACCAGCUAAGAACCUCCCUCGCCCGCCUCCUCACCUUCGCCGUCCUCGUCCUCGCCGUCCGCUUCGCCUACGUCAUCACCCUCGCCGGCGAGUCCUGCGGCUACAACGACUUCUGCUUCUUCCCCGACACCUUCAGACUCCACAGCCGCGUAGUCCCACAAAACGCCGCCGUUUCGGGCGCCGUACUUCCACGUGUCCCCGACCUCUGGACGACCAAGAAGUGGCGCCGAACAGUGGAUUACUACUCCGCAAUCUUCCAAGAACUCAUCGCCGAGGGCUUCCUCUCCCCCAAUUCUCGGGCCCUCUGCGUGGGCACACGCGCCGGAGAGGACGUGCUCGCGCUUAAAGAAAACGGCGUCGUUUACUCGAUUGGAAUCUCCGCCAACACCGCUUCUCCGCCGUUGAUCGUCCCCGGGGCCCCGCACCUCCAGCCGUUCGAUGAAGCCACCUUCGACUUCGAAUUCUCCGCCAACGGGUCACUGGACCGGUCGGGUCGACCCGCGGAUUUCGCGGCCGAGGUCUGCCGGACCCUCAAACCGGGCGGGUUCUUCGUGGCCCAGAUCUUCGCGAAAGACAACUACAGCUUCCAUUCCCUUCUUGAUUUGUUCAACUGCUGCCGCCUCAUCCGCACCCGCGACGUCGACGGCGUCGAUACGACGUCGGUUCGGGAAGUCGUGCUGAGAAAAAAGACGCAAUUUCAAAACCCUAGAAAUUUGGGGCUUAAUGGCAAUUCCAGUAAGAACUGUGAAAUCCCGGGGUAUAAACGGGAAUUGGUGCAAAAAGCAGAGGCCUUGAUAGAGCAGGAGCCACUGAAGCCGUGGGUUGCAAGGAAGAGAAGCUUGAAGAAGGUCAAGUACUUGACUUCAAUGGCGGACAUCAGCUUUAAGCAGAGGUAUGUUUACAUUGAUGUUGGAGCUCGUGGAUAUGGGUCUAGUAUAGGGAGCUGGUUCAAGAAGCAGUACCCAAAACAGGGCAAGAGCUUUGAGGUUUAUGCAAUGGAGGCUAAUAGGGUUUUUCAUGAGGAGUAUAGAGAUAAGGAAGGGGUUAGUCUUGUGCCUUAUGCAGCUUGGGUGAGGAAUGAGACGCUGUUCUUUGAGAUUACGAGGGAUUCGGGUUCGAAAGACGUGGAGGUGGCUGGAGGAGUUGGGAGGAUUAAUCACAAUGUGAGAAGCUCUUCGAGUUAUGGGGAGGAGGUGGAUAAGAUAAAGGGGAUUGAUUUUGUGGAGUGGUUGAAGAGGAGUGUUUCGGGGAGCGAUUUAGUGGUGGUGAGGAUAGAUGUGGAAGGGAGUGAGUUUUAUUUGGUUCCUAGGUUGAUUGAGAGUGGAGCAAUUUGCUUGAUUGAUGAGGUGUUUAUGGAAUGUCAUUACAACAGGUGGCAGAGGUGCUGCCGCGGUCAGCGCAGUGCCAAGUUCAAGAGGAGUUAUGAUCAGUGCUUGGAGCUGUUCAAUAAGCUCAGAGCGGCUGGAGUUCUUGUACAUCAAUGGUGGUGA